UCCGGAAACAGCCGAGCGGAUCCGGAAACAGCCGAGCGGACCCGGAAGCGAGAGUGCCAUCACCAGCGAGUGCGGGAAUCCGCCGUUUGGGCUGAGACGAUGGCAGCGGCGGCGCCGGCACCCCUAGCGCUGGAUCCUCAGCCCCAAGAGGAGCAAAAUGAUGCAUCGGAGUCCAGUGAGCUCUGCCGGCUUCGUGCUGAACUGGCCGGGGCUUUGGCUGAAAUGGAAACCAUGAAGGCUGUAGCGGAGGUGAGCGAGAGCACCAAGGCGGAGGCUGUGGCUGCAGUGCGGAGACAAUGCCAAGAGGAGGUGGCCUCCCUGCAGGCCAUCCUGAAAGACUCCAUCAGCAGCUACGAGACCCAGAUCGCGGCCCUGAAACAGGAGCGGCAGCAGCAGCAGCAGGACUCCGAGGAGAAGGCGCGAGAACUGGGCCACCUCAAGCAGCUGCUGGCCCGGGCCCACCCCUUGGACUCAUUGGAGAAGCAAAUGGAAAAGGCUCACGAGGACUCAGAGAAGCUUCGUGAGAUUGUGUUACCCAUGGAGCAGGAGAUUGCAGAGCUUAAGGUGAAGCUCCUGAGGGCGGAAGAGCUGAUCCAAGAGAUCCAGAGACGACCAAGGCAGCCUGCCUCCCUGCAUGGCUCCUCGGAGCUGCUUCCGCUGUCAAGGAACCCCUCACCCCCGCUGGAACCCUUGGAGGAGCCAAGCGGAGACGCAGGCCCAGCCGCCGAGGCCUUUGCCCACAACUGUGAUGACAGUGCCUCCAUCUCUUCCUUCUCCCUCGGUGGGGGGGCCAGCAGCGCGUCCCUACGAGGCCCCCAAGGCCUCAGCCCUGAGCAGGAAGAGACGGCUUCUCUGGUGUCUACUGGCACUCUGGUCCCUGAGGGCAUCUACCUACCCCCUCCUGGGUACCAGCUUGUUCCAGAUAGCCAAUGGGAGCAGCUGCAGGUAGAGGGGCGGCAACUGCAGAAGGACCUGGAGAGUGUCAGCCGGGAGCGGGACGAGCUGCAGGAGGGGCUGCGACGGAGCAACGAGGACUGCGCCAAGCAGAUGCAGGUGCUCCUAGCCCAGGUCCAGAACUCAGAGCAGCUGCUUCGAACCCUGCAAGGAACCGUGAGCCAGGCCCAGGAACGUGUGCAGCUGCAGAUGGCAGAACUAGCCACUUCUCACAAGUGCCUGCACCAUGAGGUCAAAAGACUAAAUGAAGAAAAUCAAGGGCUCCGGGCUGAGCAGCUGCCAUCCUCUGCUCUCCACGGCCCAGAGCAGCGGGAGGACGAGGGCGAGCCACUGCCAAACUCCACACAGGAGCUGCAUCAGCUGAUACGGCACACCCGGCAACAGGCGCGGGCCAGGCAACAGACCCAGGAGCAUGAGGCUGAGCGCCUGCGCAUUGAAAUCGUGAAGCUGCGGGAGGCACUAGAGGAGGAGACGGCCGCCAAGGCCAGCCUGGAGGGACAGCUGAGGGCACAGCGAGAAGAGACAGAUAUUCUAGAGGCAUCCCUGUGCAGCCUGAGAAUAGAGACAGAGCGGGUCCAGCAAGAGCAACGCAAGGCCCAGCUCACAGACCUCCUCUCUGAACAGAGGGCCAAGGCACUUCGGCUGCAGGCUGAGCUGGAGACCAGUGAGCAGGUGCAGAGGGAUUUCGUACGACUGUCCCAGGCCCUGCAGGUACGCCUGGAGCGGAUCCGCCAAGCAGAGACCCUGGAGCAAGUGCAUAGCAUCCUGGACGAGGCCCCCCUCAGGGACAUCAGGGACAUUAAGGACUCUUGAGAGGCUAGGCGAGCUUUCCCAGUGGGGAAGCUGCCCCUUUCUGUACCAGAACUGUGAGGCAUGGACUGCAGGUCUCAGAAUGGCGGCCACCCGCUCCAAACCUGGAUGGUGGUGUCCUUAGGGCCAAACUUCCACCUAGGGUGGCUGGUCCUGCUCCAGGGAUGAUCCCUGGACGAGGGUCCCAGCCUUCUUCCGGAACCAAAGUGCAGGCUGAGCCCUGUAGCUCUCAGGCUGCCACACUGCCUCAUGGAUGCAGCCCUCCCACCCUGCCACCUCAGGCUAAUGACCAGUCCUGCUCUGUGGCACAUCCAGCUUAUGGCUAGAAGCUGUUGGAUUCGGCGGGCUCCUCACACAUAGGCCCUGGGACACAGAGCUGCUUUAUGGACUGUAUGACACUAAAAUAUUUGUCCAUAGGCUCCCGAAAUGGGUCCCAAAGAUAGAUGGAGGCAAGGCCAGACUUUUCUGUCAUUUAUUUUCAAUAAAUAAGCAGCUCAGCUCA